GACCGCCGCUGGCUACCAGAGUGUGUGAGGUGUCACUUGGUUACGGAUGUGGAUUUCGAUUUCCCGAAACACGGCAACGAUCACAAAAUCCUAAUAGUAAAGAAGUAAAGCACCUCAGUGCCGCGAUCGCCAUCCUCGGUGUAUACAGAGACAGCAUAGAAGUUGCUUGUGUGUGCCUGUGUGUAUAUACCGCCAGCGACUUCCGGGAAAACGAAAAGUGUGCCCAUCUUGCGUCGAGAGUUGUUGCAGAUAUAAUUUUAUCUUAUUUUUUGUUUUCGUUGUUUGACGGGGGCGAGCGCGUGUGGGCGAGUGUUUGAGUGUAUGUGAGUAGUGGUGUGGGCGUGAAAAAAAAACCGGAAGCGACGAGUGUGUUUUGGUUACAAACCCGGCGUGCACAUAUCGACGCGAGAGAAGCGAAGCAGGCGUGUUUGUUCAAAAUUUUCCGAAAGCCACUCCUGUUUCGUCCGAGAGCAUUUUCCGGUGUGGAAAACAGGGCAACAGCACAGCACUGCACGCAGAUCAAGGAGGCCAGCUUCUCGACUUCCCCGUUCUUGUGGAAACUCGCCAAGCACAGCAUCAACAACACGUCAAAUCAACGGCCAACUAAAGUGUUGCCAAAGCGGCGGUGUAAUCUAGCGCUGUAUGAGAUUGCAGCACUGACGACGGGACUACGACGGUAUUAUCGUAUCAGUUCGCUUCUCCUCUCUUCGUUCCUUCUUCAAUCGAUCAUUCACCGUCACAAUCAACCGCAUCAAAAUGCCGAAAUCAAUGAACGUGCGCGUCACGACGAUGGACGCCGAGCUGGAGUUCGCCAUCCAGCAAGGCACCACAGGCAAGCAGCUGUUCGACCAGGUCGUGAAGACGAUCGGCCUGCGGGAGGUCUGGUUCUUCGGGCUACAGUACACAGACUCGAAAGGUGACAACACGUGGAUCAAGCUGUACAAAAAGGUCAUGAGCCAGGACGUGCAGAAGGGCGAUCCGCUGCUGUUUAAGUUUCGUGCCAAAUUCUACCCAGAGGACGUGGCCGAGGAGCUGAUCCAGGACAUCACGCUGCGCUUGUUCUACCUGCAGGUGAAGAACGCCAUCCUCUCAGACGAGAUCUACUGUCCGCCGGAAACGUCGGUGCUGCUCGCGUCGUACGCGGUCCAGGCGCGCCAUGGCGACUACAACAAGGGCACCCAUAUUCCCGGCUUCCUCGCUAAGGAUCGGCUGCUACCGCAACGUGUCAUCGACCAGCACAAAAUGUCCAAGGACGAGUGGGAGAACUCGAUCACGACCUGGUGGCAGGAGCAUCGCGGGCUGCUGCGCGAGGACGCCAUGAUGGAGUACCUCAAGAUCGCCCAGGACCUGGAGAUGUACGGUGUGAACUACUUCGAGAUCCGCAACAAGAAGGGCACGGAGCUGUGGCUCGGCGUUGACGCUCUCGGCCUGAACAUCUACGAGAAGGAGGACCGGCUGACACCGAAGAUCGGCUUCCCAUGGUCGGAGAUCCGCAACAUCUCGUUCAACGAUCGCAAGUUCAUCAUCAAGCCCAUCGACAAGAAGGCGCCGGACUUUGUGUUCUUCGCACCGCGCGUUCGCAUCAACAAGCGCAUCCUGGCGCUGUGCAUGGGCAACCACGAGCUGUACAUGCGCCGCCGCAAGCCAGACACGAUCGACGUGCAGCAGAUGAAGGCGCAGGCGCGCGACGAGAAGAACGCCAAGCAGCAGGAACGCGAGAAGCUGCAGCUGGCGUUGGCGGCGCGCGAGCGGGCCGAGAAGAAGCAGCAGGAGUACGAGGACCGGCUGCGGUCGAUGCAGGAGGAGAUGGAGCGCAAGCAGGCGAACCUGAGCGAGGCGCAGGACACGAUUCGCCGGCUGCAGGAGCAGCUCAACCAGGUGCAGGCGGCCAAGGAGGAGCUCGAGCAGCGCCAGAACGAGCUGCACGAAAUGAUGCAGCGCCUGGAAGAGACGAAGAACAUGGAGGCGACCGAGCGGGCCAAGCUCGAGGAGGAGAUCCGCAUCAAGCAGCUCGAGAUGCAGAAGAUCCAGGAGGAGGUGUCGCUCAAGGACUCGGAGACGAAGCGCCUGCACGAGGAGGUCGAGGAGGCGAUACGGAAACAGAACGAAGCGGCUGCUGCACUCCAGGCCGCCACCACCACCCCGAAGCAUCAUCACGUGGAGGAGGAAGAGGAGGAGAACGAGGAGGAGCUGAUCAACGGCGAGAACGGUACGCAGGAUUUCUCCAAAGAUUUCGACACGGACGAGCAUAUCAAGGAUCCGGUCGAGGAGAGACGCACGCUCGCCGAGCGCAACGAGCGCCUGCAGGACCAGCUCAAGGCCCUCAAGCAAGAUCUCGCCCUUUCACGCGACGACACGAUGGAGACGGCGAACGACAAGAUCCAUCGCGAGAACGUGCGCCAGGGUCGGGACAAGUACAAGACGCUGCGCGAGAUCCGCAAAGGCAAUACCAAGCGCCGCGUCGACCAGUUCGAGAAUAUGUAAGCGGCUUUCGCCACGAACGCAGCAGGCCAGCAGCCAGCCAAGACCACAGCCAGACCCGAUACGAUGUAGUUGGGUCGUCUCAGAACAACAAGCAACAACCAUUCGCAAGGAAACCGAAUCACGACAGGAACAACUUACACUCACAAGCAGCGAUCUUCAUCAUCGUCGUCGUCGAUGUCCUCGUUUGAACGGGCUGGGGGAACAUGUCCCGCACCGUUUUCCCUGCAGGACUUAAAAUAAGCCUCUCCCUCCAAGUGAAUGUUAACGUGAUGGUGAUGACGAUGGCUGAACGAAUCAAAGGAUAAGGUGUACGCUAUGGAGGAUGUAAUAUGACGUGUGUUCGAUUAGGUUGGCUGGCUGGCUGGCUGGCAGGACUACAUUGCAGUGGCGCCGAUGGGCGAUGAUGUUAGCGAUGUAAACUACUACAUACACAGUAUAUAGAGCGUAGCAGAACGCGUCGUGUUCUGGCUUUGUUUUUUUUUCACCUAGGAUUAGUAUUGUACGAAGUAAUCAAACUACAGACAGAUACACACACACUAACACACACACACAAAACACAAAAAAGAGGUUGACACAACAAGCGAGUUGAUAACACACAUGUUGAAAUGAUAGAGUAAUCAGAAAAAUUAUACACCACGCUACACUCUACACAGUUAGAUGGUGAAAUAGGCAGAGGUAGCAUCAUCGAAGAUCAGCAAAAUAAUAAAAAAACGCUGUAGAAGUACAUAACAAAUUAGGGAGAGGGUUAGGGGACGCAAGGUGGACUUAUGUGUUAGGCAAGAGGAUUAUACAGUUUAAAAUACAGCUACAGACGAUUAGUCCAAGCGAGGGUGUUGUUUGGGUAUUAUGCGGUUAGAAGUUUUGGUUUCUAUUUUGAUUUCUAUUUGCUAUUAUCUAUUUUUUUCUUCCUCGUACGAUCCUGUGGUUUACAGUCCAUAAUUGAGGUCAUCAUGAUUGAAAGGACCGAAAACGACGGUACCUCUCAGUUUUCUCGGCGGGGUCCCACGCUA